AUGUCUCCCGUACGGCAGUCUCAGGUGGACGAAAAGGAGCGUAGGCUGUUCUUGUACGGCCGGCGUCAUUUUCAGAUCUCUGCCAAGGUGCAUCUGUCAGACGUGACCUUUGAACAGGGAUUUCGAAGCCGAAUGGACAAUCAGAGAAGUAUCCGGCGAUCAAAAAAACUUAUGGAGAUUCAGGGAUGCCAGCGUCUUAUGCGAAAAAAUCAUCUCCCGGUUAUCAUGUCCAGGAAUGACUGGCGGAAUCGCGUGGUGGUGGACCACAGCCAGGAGGACAUGCCUUACUUGACUGUCGUCGGAGACUACCAACUGCAUGCUCUGGAUCAUCGAAAUCUGAUAGCGGCGGCCUGUCAGUGGCUGGAUAUCGAUGACCAGUGGUGGAUUGCCGAUAUCUAUGUGACAAAUGAUGACGUUGCCAAUGCCGAUUCCACAGCCCUCCAUCACGAGUUCAUCCAGUCCAUGACGGAAAACUUUACUAAUGACAAUCGUCCGCCUGAUGGCCUGAUCUAUGAGAGGAUCAACUACUAUGAGGGCUUCCUUGACGGCCCUCAAGAUCGCUUGGCCGCCGACAACUGGUAUGCGGUGCUGCAAGUGGUUGUCGGAAGCAGGAAAAGAAAAUACCUCGAGCGCUUUUUCAAGAUCGAAAAAUUACAUCUAAGUCUGAAUUCUCUGCUUGUCAUCGGAGGCCUAUGGGAAGACAUGCGCAUCGGGGUCUUGCAUAAAGUCACGGCCAUGUGCUGUGAUGAGGCAGUUUCCUGCUAUUGGCAAACAAUCCUCACAACCUUCAACCGACUGGUCAUGGGUAGACGCGAAUUGUUAUCGCGGAUAGAUGGAGUCUCAGUCAAUCUCAUCCAGUCUCGUGCCCCCAAGGUCUCCGACCAAGAUUUACGAUUUUUACAAUCGAAGAUGGAUGACGGUCAGCUGUUCCGUCAUUUCCCAGAUGACAUUCGCUAUGAGUUGUGGGAGCAGCUGCAAGACAUUGACUACCCCAUCCCAACCCUAAAGACCUUUUUCAAGGACCGGAUCUAUCUCGAGGUCGCGCAAAGUGUCAUGAAACAACUUGUGCCACCGCCAGUAUGGGAUAAAAGGCUCACUAUUGACGAGGGUAUAUGCCAAAUGUUUGAUACUGCCGUGUCAAUUCCCCAUUCCUUGGGAGCUCAUUACCUAAGAGAGGAUCUUCUAGAAUUUUGGCGUUUUAGCUUCCAGUAUGGGUUUGAAAUGACCGAGCAUCAGCGUCUGAAAGGAACCGAGGGACAUGAUGUCCGCAACUCAUCCAGUCUGAUUAGACACCGGCCGACGACGCUCAGCGAAUCAGACCUUUGGCGGCACUUGUAUGCCAAAUUGAGAUCCAGGGGGUUUCGACUCCUGGAAGCCGGAUAUCCCGUGGAGCCUGAACCCGAGCUACCUCCUCUCAUCCCGUGUGACUACCCGGAAGAAACCACCGAGGAAAUUGAAGUCGAAAAGCGAUGCGGAAAGCCAUUUUCGAACACCGUCGAGGCGGACCGGUUCGCGCUGUCGGCCGAAUCGCUGCAGCAAACAUCGGAAGCAACACGGGUCACCGCUGGUUUUCUUCGAAAGUGGGUUUUCCGGGCUUUCUUCGGCUAUUUGAUGGAGAACACAGCCGUGACCAGUUAG